GAAGAUCUCGAUCAAUCUAUUUAUCGGCGAUUCCAAAUUCGAAAGUUCUGUUGAGUUAUUUGGUGCAAUCGUUCUAAUCCAACCUGCGCAGGAGGAGAAAGAUGGCAGAUCAGGAGCAGUUGUACAGAACCAGCGAGGCUGAAGACCAAGCUCAGGAGGAAAUGGAUCACCAGAUGAUGAAAGAAAGAGAGACCCAAGAGGACAUGAAGGACAAGGCUUACGAAGCCCAGGAUACACAAGAGAAUGCCCAAGUUGUAGGAGGUCAUACCCAAGAAAUCAAUAAGGAUCCAAAGGAGAAGAUGGAUGAAAUAGAAGAAAAUAAAGAGUUGAUGAGCAUCCAAACUACUGAAGACCCUCACCAAGAGAUAAUUGACCAAACAAAAAGUCAUUUCGAUGACACCAUCGACAAGCCAAAAGACAAUAACAUAUCAGAGAGUGCACAAAGUUUUGACGAUCAUUCUGUGGAGAAGAUGGAUGAGCCAAACAACAAAGCAUCGAAGACUGUCCAAGUUCUUGAAGGCCACGAGGCAUCAAAUGUUCAAUUUUUCAAUGAGCCAGAAAGUAAAGAAUCAUCAAUUGUUGUCCCAGUUGUUGAAGACCACCCCCAAGAGAGUAAAGAUGACCAAAUAAAAAUGGAAGAACCAAAAGACAAGACAUCAGAGAUUGUUGGAGCUCUUGAAGGUUAUACUCAAGAGACCGAAGACCCGAUUGAUGAGCCAGAAGACAAAGUAUCAGACACUAUUCAAGUUGUUGAAGGCCAUCCCCAAGAGACUAAAGACCAAAUAGAUCAAACAGGUGAGGCAUCAGACAUGGUUCAAGCUCUCGAAGGUCACCCCCAAGAGAUAAAAGACCAAACAGAGAGUUAUUUUGAGAAACAAUCUGAUGAUUAUUUCGAAGAUAGUAAUCUUGAGGACAAGUCAAACGAGUCAAAUAACAAGAUGAACAAGCCAAAAGAUGAUGCAUCCCAGAUUGCUCAAGCUCUCCAAAGUCAUCCCCAAGAUCAAAUUGAUAAAAAUGAGGCGUCAGACAUUAUUCAAGCUCUCGAAGGUUACCCCGAAGAGAUUAAAGACCAAAUAGAGAAUUAUUUUGAGAGACAAGCAGAUGAUUCUUUUGAUGAUAGUAAUCUUGAGGACAACGCAAAUAGAUUAACAAUGGAUAAAGUAGAGAAUAUUGAUGCAGAGAAGGACAAGGCGUUGGAGACUACACAAGCGGCAAAGAAUGAGGCAUUGGAUGCUACCCAAGUUAUUGAAGGCCAUGCCCAAGAGACCAAUGAUCAAACAAAGAAUUAUCUAAAAGAGAAUAGGAACGAGCUAGAAGAUUGUGAAGCAUUGGAGACUAUCCAAAUUACGGGAAGCCAACCUCAUGGCAAGGCAUUUGGUACUACCAAAGCUGCAAUAGGUCGAAUUCGAGAAAUUAAUGACCAAAUGGAUAGUUAUCUCAAGGACAAGGUGUUGGAUACUGCCCAAGCUAAAAGAACCUAUGCACAAGAGGCUAAAGACCAAAUUGGCAAUGAAAAGGGUGAACUAUUAGACACAGUUAAAGAGGCAAAUGAAAAAGGGUUACAAAAUAACCAAAAUGUCAGAGGUAAUGCUCAAAAGGUUCAUAUGAGCAAUCUUUUCAAGGAGGAAAUGGAUAAGUCUAAAGAUAAGGCACAAGAGAGUGCUCUGACUAUGAAAGGCAAUCUCCAAGAGACAAAUGACCGAAUAGAUAGUUAUGACAAGAUGAACUCAACAAAAGACAAGGCAUUGGAUAUUGCCCAAGCUACACUAGGCUACACCCAUGAAGCUAAGGACCAAACAAGCAAAUAUUUUAAGGAUAAAAUGGGUGUUACAAAUGAAAAGGUACAAGAGAUCACCCAAACUGUUGAGAACAAAGACCAAAUGAGUAGUUAUCUUAAGAGUAAGAUGGAUGCCACAAAGGGUAGGGAUUCAAAGAUUGCCAAAAUUGCUAAAGAUCUUGACCAAGAAACCAAGGAUCAAAUGGUCAACUAUCUCAAGGAAAAUAUGGACAUAGCGAAGGAUAAAGAAUCAAAGAUUGCCCAAGAUGCUAAAGAUAUUACUCAAGUUACCCAAGAGCAAUUUGGUAGCUAUCACAAGGACAAAGCAAACAUAGAAACGGACCAAGCUACCAGAGGUUAUGUCGAAGUGGCUAAGGACCAAAGGGGAAGUUAUCACAAGGACAAGACAUGGGGCGAAACUACUCAAGUUGCUGGAGAUUAUUCUCAACCAAUCAAGAACCAAACAAGUAGUUAUCUCAUGGACAAGAGAGACACUACCAAUGAUAAGGCAAACAGGUUGAAUAUGACAAAAGACAAGGUAUUAGAAACCUCUCAAGCCAUUAGAGGCCGUGCCCAAGAAAACAAAGAGCAAAGAAUAAAUCUUCUUAAGGACAACAUAGAUGCAUCAAAGAAGUUAAAUGUGGAUAUCAAAGGUCGUACCAAAGAGACAAAGGGUCAAAGAGGUAACUAUCUUAAUGAGAAUGAGAAGAAUGGUGCAAGAAAAGACAAGGCAUCAGAAACUGUUCAACCUACACAAGACACUACCAAUUCAGAUAAAGAGAAGAGAGGAAAUUUUUUCCAAGAAAGGGCUGAGGAAGUCAAGGGGAAGGCGUUGGAGGCUGCCCAAUUUGUUCAAGGCACAACACAAGCAGGCAUGGAGAUGACGGGUGGUUUUCUACAGCAGACAAACGAUCAAGUGAAGAGCUUGGCCCAAGGUGCUGCUAAUGCAAUGAGGGAAACACUUGGUAUGGAUGACAAAAAUGAAGAUGGAACAACUACUUACAAGGACUAGUUGAUAUGCAACUACUUUAGUGAUCAGUGCCUCAUUUGUUGUGUUGGAAGUGUUAUCCAGGGGCUGCUUUGUUUUCAAUGUUUUAGGCAAGUUGGUUGAAGUUUGUGUGUAAGUGGAGUCAUUUGGUGUAAUUAAAUAGUUUGAAAACUAUGUUAUGGCCAAAA